AUGAUACGGAAACAGGCCCGUGAGAGACGUGAAUAUCUAUAUCGCAAAGCACAGGAGCUGCAGGAGUCUCAGCUUCAGGAAAAGCGUCAGUUAAUCAAACAGUCGCUAGCUCAAGGAAAGCCUUUACCAAAAGAGAUUGCAGAUGACGUUCAAUUGCAACGUGAUUUUCAGUACGAUGAGACCGUGCAAGAUUCUAUUGAUGACGAAUACAGUGCUACAAGUGGGAUUGUAGAUCCAAAGCUGCUUGUAACUACCUCUCGUGAUCCAUCUACGAAGUUAUCCCAGUUUGCUAAAGAAGUAAAGUUAUUAUUUCCUACUAGCGUGAGACUUAACAGGGGUAACUUUGUUAUGAAUAACCUAGUAGAUGCAUGCCAGAAGUCUGGGACUACUGAUUUAGUUGUGCUGCAUGAACACAGAGGUGUUCCAACAUCGUUAACAAUUUCACAUUUCCCACAUGGCCCAACUGCUUUUUUCACUUUGCAUAACGUUGUUCUAAGACAUGACAUAUUGAAUGCAGGGAACCAGAGUGAAGUUAACCCCCAUUUGAUUUUUGAUAACUUCACAACACCAUUGGGAAAGCGGGUAGUAAAGAUCUUAAAGAAUUUGUUUCCGGCUAGUCCAAAAAAGGAUAGUGCCAGGGUUAUCACGUUUGCAAAUCGAGGUGAUUUUAUCAGUGUAAGACAGCAUGUAUACGUAAAAACCAGAGAAGGUGUUGAGCUGGCAGAAGUAGGUCCAAGAUUUGAAAUGAGAUUAUUUGAACUAAGGCUGGGGACUUUGGAAAACAAAGAUGCAGAUGUCGAAUGGCAGCUAAGAAGAUUCAUCAGAACUUCCAGUAGAAAGGAUUAUUUGUAA